CAAGUGGCUGGCAUUUGGUAUAAACAUCAGCGCUUGGCGGUAUUACUGCUUUCUGACCAUCUUUGAGCUACGCACCGCCCCUCCGACCUGUAAAUCUCUCUAGCAUUCAGUGGAGCGAGCGGCUCUGACAGGCACUAUCAACUGGCCGAUCUGCGCGACCCUGGGCUGGAUCAAGGGGAAGGAAUGGGGACAGUCAGUUGCGAAGGCGACAUCACCCGAGCGCUUAUAUGUCAGAAAGCGAACACUCCGCUAGAUGAUGUCGUUUGUGUUUUCGCAUCGUGGCAACAGUUUGGGGACUUGAAAUAGCUUCUGCCAUUCAAAAACCAUCGAGGCUAUCGAUUAAAUUGGUGUUUAGAAAAGUGAAAUCAAUUUUCCGCUGUUAAUCGACCGAAUCCCUGGAUGGAAGACGACUUGAUAGGUCGGACAGAAACUGUUUGAAGAAAACAGCCCUUUUUCAAUGUCGCUGCGCCUAUCAUAAUCUGAAACAUCAUUGGCAGCCUCGACGGCUGCUAGAUGAGACAGACCAUCUUUGCCAUGGCAUUGGUCCUGAAAAACUCGGAAAAGCUCUCAAAAUGAAAAGCGCUCAACGUUUGUCAUUACUGCGGAUUUAAAUGCCUCUCGCGAAUGGACACCGACCGGCUAUUUCGGUCCAGUUAGUGCGUGCGGCGUUUUCUACUGUCGCGGAAAUCUGAAAUAGAUUGAAAUAAACAUACCAUUAAUUAAGUGCGGGUGAGAAUAUACAACGCAUAGUUUUUUUAAAGGCAAUAUGGCUGGCGAGUGGGGCUGGGGACGCUGGCAUAGGCUCUCCAAGGCUCCUAGAUGCUAGCUGAGGCGGACGCCACCGUUACCCAUGGAAGCGGCAACUCUAUGAUGAGUAGAAAUAACUAUUUUAACAAAAAUCCGGACUCCUCGAUCUCUAUGUCCAAAAUGGACGUGAUCAUCCCCUUCUCGCCAGACGUGCCCUGCGACAACAAUGGCCAGCGCAUGUGGUGGGCAUUCCUCGCCUCCUCCAUGGUCACGUUUUUCGGGGGUCUCUUCAUCAUUCUCCUGUGGAGGACCCUCAAAUACCUGUGGACCGUCUGCUGCCACUGUAACAUCAAAAAGAAGGCCCAGAAGGUAAAUAACCCUGCUAACAGUCAGGCAGCAGACGGUACAGCUAAGGGUCCUGAUGAGAAGGACGAAGUGGUCCCUGCCAGCGAGGUGGGCUGGAUGACCUCCGUUAAGGACUGGGCCGGGGUCAUGAUAUCAGCACAGACACUCACCGGCAGAGUCCUGGUCGUGCUAGUUUUCGCUCUCAGCAUUGGAGCACUUGGAAUAUACUUUAUAGAUUCUUCUGAUCCCAUAGAAUCCUGUCAGAAUUUCUACAAAGAUUUCACGUUACAGAUCGACAUGUUCUUCAAUGUCUUCUUCCUCCUCUACUUUGGCUUGCGGUUCAUAGCAGCCAAUGAUAAGCUGUGGUUCUGGCUGGAGGUCAACUCAGUGGUGGACUUCUUCACUGUUCCUCCUGUCUUCGUAUCUGUCUACUUGAACAGGAGCUGGCUGGGUUUAAGAUUCCUGAGAGCCUUGAGAUUGAUACAGUUCUCUGAAAUUUUACAGUUUUUGAAUAUCUUAAAAACAAGCAAUUCCAUCAAGCUGGUGAACCUGUGUUCCAUCUUCAUAAGCACAUGGCUAACAGCUGCCGGAUUCAUACAUUUGGUGGAAAACUCAGGGGAUCCUUGGGAAAACUUCCAAAAUUCCCAGUCACUUUCCUAUUGGGAAUGUGUCUACUUGCUCAUGGUCACUAUGUCAACAGUGGGCUACGGGGACGUCUAUGCAAAAACCACCCUGGGACGCCUGUUCAUGGUCUUCUUCAUCCUCGGUGGUUUGGCCAUGUUUGCCAGCUACGUCCCUGAAAUCAUAGAGUUAAUAGGAAACCGCAAGAAAUAUGGUGGUUCCUAUAGUGCGGUUAAUGGGAGAAAGCACAUUGUGGUUUGUGGUCAUAUUACACUCGAAAGUGUCUCCAACUUCCUCAAAGACUUCCUACACAAGGACAGGGAUGAUGUCAAUGUAGAAAUAGUUUUUCUCCAUAAUAUUUCCCCUAAUCUUGAGCUGGAAGCCUUGUUCAAACGCCACUUUACCCAGGUAGAGUUCUACCAGGGUUCUGUUCUCAACCCUCACGAUCUGGCCAGAGUGAAGAUUGAGUCAGCAGACGCCUGUCUGAUUCUGGCUAAUAAGUACUGUCCAGAUCCCGAUGCUGAAGACGCCUCCAACAUCAUGAGGGUCAUUUCUAUCAAGAACUAUUCCCCCAAGAUACGAAUUAUCACUCAGAUGUUACAAUACCAUAACAAGGCUCACCUGCUCAACAUUCCUAGCUGGAACUGGAAGGAGGGGGAUGAUGCUAUCUGUCUAGCAGAGCUGAAGGCUGGCUUCAUAGCUCAGAGCUGUCUGGCCCAGGGCCUCUCCACCAUGCUGGCCAACCUCUUCUCCAUGAGGUCCUUCAUCGAGAUUGAAGAGGACACAUGGCAGAAGUACUAUUUAGAAGGGGUAGCUAAUGAGAUGUACACAGAGUAUCUGUCCAGUGCCUUUGUGGGGCUCUCCUUCCCAGCAGUCUGCGAGCUGUGCUACGUGAAGCUGAAGCUGUUGCUUAUCGCCAUCGAGAACAAGUCGGAGCUGGGAGAGAGCAGCAUCCUCAUCAACCCGGGGAACCACGUAAAGAUGCAGGAAGGAACUCUGGGGUUCUUCAUCGCCAGUGAUGCCAAAGAAGUAAAGAGAGCAUUUUUCUACUGCAAAGCUUGUCACGAUGACAUCACAGACCCCAAACGGAUCAAAAAGUGUGGCUGCAAACGACUUGAAGACGAGCACCCGUCAACUCUGUCGCCCAAAAAAAAGCAGCGGAACGGAGGCAUGCGAAACUCACCCAACAACUCCCCCAACAUGAUGAGCAGGCAUGACCCUCUACUAAUCCCUGGGAACGAGCAGAUGGAGAACAUGGACAUGAACUUGAAGCAGUAUGACUCCACAGGAAUGUUCCACUGGUGUCCGUCUAAAGAGAUCGAGAAGGUCAUCCUGACCCGGAGUGAGGCAUCCAUGACGGUGUUGAGCGGCCAUGUAGUGGUCUGUAUAUUUGGAGAUGUCACGUCCGCUCUAGUGGGGCUGCGAAACUUGGUGAUGCCUUUGAGAGCCAGCAACUUCCAUUAUCACGAGCUGAAGCCCAUAGUGUUUGUGGGCUCGCUGGAGUACCUGAGGAGAGAGUGGGAAACCCUACACAACUUCCCCAAGGUCUCCAUACUACCUGGUACGCCAUUAAGCCGUGCAGAUUUAAGGGCUGUCAACAUCAACCUCUGCGACAUGUGCGUGAUACUGUCGGCCAAUCAGAACAAUAUCGACGACGCCUCGCUGCAGGAUAAGGAAUGCAUUCUGGCGUCGCUCAACAUAAAGUCUAUGCAGUUUGACGACAGCAUCGGGCUCUUGCAGGCUAACUCCCAAGGUUUCACGCCUCCUGGAAUGGACCGGUCCUCUCCAGACAGCAGUCCAGUACAUGGUUUAGCACGCCAGGCCUCCGUCACCACUGGCGCCAACAUCCCCAUCAUCACUGAACUAGUGAACGACUCCAACGUUCAGUUCUUGGACCAAGAUGAUGACGAUGACCCGGACACAGAGCUGUACCUGACGCAGCCCUUCGCCUGUGGAACCGCCUUCGCUGUCAGCGUGCUGGACUCUCUCAUGAGUGCAACAUACUUCAACGAUAAUAUCCUCACCCUGAUCCGGACGCUGGUGACUGGGGGAGCCACCCCAGAGCUAGAGGCUCUACUGGCUGAGGAGAACGCCCUGCAAGGGGGCUACAGCACGCCACAGACACUGGCCAACCGAGACAGGUGUCGUGUUGCCCAACUGGCCCUGUACGAUGGGCCCUUUGCCGACUUGGGGGAUGGUGGUUGCUAUGGAGAUUUGUUCUGUAAAGCAUUGAAGACAUACAACAUGUUGUGCUUCGGAAUCUACAGAUUGAGAGACGCUCACCUUGCCACACCUAGUCAGUGUACCAAACGGUAUGUGAUCACCAACCCUCCGUAUGAGUUUGAGUUGGUCCCCACAGACCUGAUCUUCUGUCUGAUGCAGUUUGACCACAACGCGGGCCAGUCUCGGACCAGCCUUUCCCACAGCUCCCACUCCUCCCAUUCAUCCAGCAAAAAGAGCUCGUCCGUCCACUCCAUCCCCACCACCAACCGCCAGAACCGCAGCAGCAAGGCUCGGGAGGCUGGCCACAAACAGAAAAAGGAAAUGGUUUACAGAUGAACCAGAAAAUGCCUACCCACGGAACAUUCAGAUCAAGCCCAUGAGCACUCACAUGGCCAACCAAGUCAACCAAUACAAAUCCACUAGCAGUCUGAUACCACCAAUCAGAGAAGUUGAAGAUGAAUGCUGAAAACCAGGCCCGCUUGAUGACUCGUGAGAAUUCGGACGCUCUUACGAAAGGAGAUAAGAGAUGGCAAACAGGGAUGAUGAUGAUUAAUUGGUCCCCACUCAUUCUACAGAUCAAGGGUUUGACAUAAACACCACAACUGGAAGGGGUCUCCUAUGUGUAUCUAUGUGUAUACCUGUAAUGUUACUUCCAUGCUCUUCAUGUUUCAUUUAUCAAUCUUCCAUAGAGAUGUACAUAAUGACAAUCUAAUGAGGAUUGUACACCCCCUCCCCCUUAGCACUUUUUGAAAUUAUUUGAAGAAUUGAAGAGAGAAGAUUAAGUACUUCCUGUAAUUAUUUGCAAUCGUUCAUCACCUCUUCGUGUGACCAGACUCCAUGGCUACUGUAUUUUGAGGUUACUACUUGUUGUUGGAGGAUGAGGGUCACGGCAGUUCGCUCAUCGUUCACCACAUCUCCCAAAAACGCCAUUGGGGCUGACCACUUAUACACUGUUUCUGUUCUAUUUGCACUAAAACUGAUCACGUUAUUUUGCAACACGACGACGGGAAACAUUGACAUCUUCCCAAAACAACAUCCAUCACAGAAAUGUGAACCUUUUGGUAGUCGAUUCACUUUGUCAUUUGAAGAGGUGUACAGAUCCAUUACAUCACUGCUUAGGGUAUGCUACUGUAUGUCAACAUGCUGUUGAGUAAUCAUCUGAAUGAAUGCAUUCGAGUCAUGUAGAAUGAGAUCAUAUUGUAAAUCAGUUGUCUUGAGACUCAGAGUACUGUAAGAGAUAGUUCUGGGAUAAGCUGGUUGACCGUAUAGAGCUACACUGUACCUACAUCUGUUCUGGGGAUAUCACAAUGGCUAUGGAUCAUAAUGAUGUCUUUGACCGUCUUUCAAGCUCCUAUCAUCGCAUGGUGCCUGAGCCCCUUUAUAACAAUACAGCGCAGAUGAUCAACUUAACCUGAAAACAUGAAGGGGGACGAAGGACAACCUUGUCCUUUCCCUUAUGUGUAAACAUGAAAGGGGACGAAGGACAACCUUGUCCUAUCCCUUAUGUGUAAACAUGAAAGGGGACGAAAGACAACCUUGUCCUAUCCCUUGUGUAAACAUGAAAUGGGACGAAGGACGACCUUGUCCUAUCCCUUAUGUGUAAACAUGAAAGGGGUGAAUGGACAACUUUGUCUCGUCCCUUGUGAACACGUUAAUUGAGUGAAAGGACAGCCUUGUACACAUCUUGCAUAUGGCAUGUGUGUACUGUACGUGGCAGCAAUGUGUCCCCUCAACAAAAACAUUGGUGGAACAUCUGAGUUAGUGUUAGUGUCGUCAUCUCUCCAUCAGUGUGUAUGUGAUGGUGGUUCAGCCUCUGAGGGAGCAGCAUGUGGGAUCAAGGCUUCAAACAUGAAUGACGUAUAGGAACUAGCUCUGUCUGGGGGUUGCCAAUCAACUAAUGAACUAAGCAAACACUUUUCUAUGAUCACCAUCAUGCCCAGUCACAUCACCAAUAAUACACCAUCUAUGAUUGAGCUGAAUAAAUGUGAACAGACAUUAUCUGUGUGCCCUAAAAAUGUAAGGGAAGCAUUUAAACCGAAACCCAUUUAAUAACAAAAGAAUAAGCAUAUCAUUUCAAUGAUAUUCGGAGAAACAAUGCCACAUAUUGCGUAAAAUGGGCAUCAGUGGGUCCUCCUUUGACCAGCGCCACCACUGCCUGGCACAGGGUUGGUAACAGAGGCAGCAAAGAGCUUGGAUGUUCUCCGCUGCCAAUCCUGAUGUCAUCAUGACACCUCUAAACACUAUGUUGGUAAACAUUAAGGGAAAAGCUCAAUCAUAGUUUUGCCACUGAUGAUGAUGAAGAACGCUGGAGAAUACUGCCUGUGUUCUUCAUGUCAUUCUGGUCAAGGCACAAGACAGUGCGUGUUGAAAAUGGACCGUUUCUAUUUUGUUUUUGAUCCAGAGCAACCCAGACAGAGCUGCAGCCUUGGGGAGGAGAGGGUAUGGAGCCACAGAUGAACCAACUCAUUUCUUAACCUAGAUACUUUAUACAUACAAAUAUAAUUAUUUUAUAUUCAUAUGAGCAUAAUCAUGUUGUACUUAUUUUUACACAUGACGUAGUGAGAAACACUUUGUGAAAGCAAUCCAUUAUUAUUAUUAGGCCUAUAAUUACAUCAGAUUAUUUUAUUUCUAAAUGAAUCACUGUAUUUCACAUAAUCAUACCAAAAUUAUUCAUAUCAAUUCUGAAAUGCUUAUACUUAGAAAUGCAUCAUUGAGGAAGUGUAGAAGUCUCCUCUCUUAUCCCUGAUAAAGUAUAGUGAUUAAGGGCGCUAUUCAAUCCAUAUCGCAGAAGUUCAACAUUACAGUUUGAUUGAAAUGUAAAGGCAAUGUUUAGCAGAGACUGCAUUCACGAUAAACGCUGCAUAUGUCCAGUGGUGGAACAAGUACUUAUUGUCAUACUUGAGUGAAAUUAAAGAUACCUUAAUAGAAAAUGACUCAAGUAAAAGUGAGUCACCCAGUGAA